AUGCCUCCCAUCACCAAGCUUCUGCUUGCGACAGCCGCUCUCCUCACCUCAUUUUCAUCUGUCACAGCCUCUCCCAACCCAGGCACUGUUGGGUUCAACUUCGAACGACGUCGUGUCAAUGCUGAAGAAGCACCCCAUCUCAGCAGACGUCAGUCCAAAACCGUUCUCGCCGGCCUGACCAACGAGUACAUCCUCUACUUCAUCAAUGUCACUGUGGGAACUCCUGGCCAAUCCUUCUCUCUACAACUCGAUACAGGCUCUUCAGAUAUUUGGUUUCCCUCUGUCAAUGCCGACAUUUGCAGGCAGGAUAUACGGCAGUGUCCUGUUGGUACCUACGAUUCAUCAGCCUCAUCUACAUAUGCUCAGCUCAACCUUCCUGAAUUUCAAAUUCAGUAUGUCGACGGAUCAGAAAUUACUGGGGCAUAUAUCUCAGAUGUCUUGAAUAUUGGUAGUACAAAACUCACAAACAUGACCAUGGCAGAAGCUUUGACAGCCAAUACUAGAGGUAUUGGCAUCAUGGGCAUUGGUUUUCAGUCUGGAGAAGCAGCUGCAUCCCAGAACGGUUUCACGUAUCCCAAUGUCAUUGAUGUCUUGAAGUCCGAAGGCUUUAUCAAUACACGCGCCUACUCCCUGUGGUUGGAUGAUCUCGACUCCUCAACCGGGUCUAUUCUCUUUGGUGGAGUCGACACCAGCAAAUAUCAGGGUGAUCUAGUCUCCCUACCAAUUCAACUCGACACCCAAAGUGGCUCCAUCACUUCCUUUACCGUUGCGUGGACUGGCUUGACCGCUUUUGGGGGUGGACAGACUCAUAACUUCGACCCCUCGUCGGCUCAACCAGCCAUUCUAGACUCGGGAACCACUGACACCCUUUUGCCCGACGACAUCGCCAAUGCCAUCUUCAAUGGUGUGGGUGUCCUUACCGACCCAGAUUUUGGCAAUGUGGUGCGGUGUUCGCUUGCUAACGAUGACCUGACUUUCUCCUUCAAAUUCGGCGGAUCUACGGGUCCUGUCGUGAACGUAAGCCUGGCGGAGUUCGUCACACCUCUGCUUACCACCAGCGGUCGUCAAGUGACCUUCCAAAAUGGGGACACUGCUUGUUCUUUUGCAAUCGAAGCCGCUGGCAGCAAUCCAAUACUAUUUGGCGAUUCCUUCCUGCGCAGCGCCUAUGUCGUGUACGAUCUUGAGAAUGAGCAGAUUGCGAUUGCUCAGACGAAUUUCAAUGCCGACCCACAGAAUCAAGAUGUCCAGGCCUUCCAGGUCAGCAGUGGCAUCCCCGGUGUUGUAUCGACCGCCACUGCAGCAAGCGUCGUACAGACUUUCUCUGGAAAUCCACGCAUCAGCGAGGCGACCGCUACCGCUACUGGAGAUCUGUCUGGUGGUGAGGUUACGAGAUCAGCUACUUUCAACCUAACUCCUACAGGAAGCUCGGGGGCUAGUAGCACUGGUGGCAGUGGAAGCUCAAGUAGCAGCAACGCCGCCAAUCCUCACUUACGGCCCAGAUCCGUCCAAAGCAAUAGUGUCAUUGCGGUGGCAGCAGUUGUCAUGGGUAGCUUUCUUUUCGGUACUGGACUGAUGCUCUUAUAG